CAUUUACAAAGGAUUUUGAAUCCGCUAACUUUACUGAAACAGCAAGUAUGCCAAUCCAACAAGCAAAGCUUGAUUCGAGUUUCAAUUGUAAUCAAGAAACUAAAAAUUUUCGACGUUUUGUUGUUGGAAAGUUGAUAAGUUUGGAAUUAAAAAAUAAUUCUAUUGAAAGACAUCUAAAGCUUAUUAUAGAAAAACUUCCAAUUACUAAUUUUGAAGAAAAAGAAAAUGUUGUAGACAUUUUUCAAGACUUGCCAUUGCAAAAUAAAAAUGAUCUUGACGUAAUCGAAGCAAAACUAAUUAAUGAUAAAAGUUAUCGAAGUCAAAUGAUUAAACAAUUGACUCGUGUUACAUGUAAAGAUAUAAAGACUUCGUGUACACAUUUGAUGAGAAAAAUUUUUUCCAACGAUUUGGCAGUACAUUACAGCUGGUAUGGGGCAAAAAAAAAAGAAAAAUUUUCGCAGCUACACAUCUGCAUAGUGAUCAUGUGUAAGUAA